CGACAAGACGCCGAAGCCGCUGCAACAUGGCUCUGAGCACACUGCUGGCCACCUUCCUGUGCACCAUCGUGCUACCCUUCUUGCUGUUUUUGGUGGCGGUGAAGCUGUGGGAGGUUUAUCUGAUCCGAGGCAGAGAUCCGAGCUGCCCCAGCCCGCUGCCCCCCGGGUCCAUGGGCUUACCUUUCAUUGGAGAGACGCUGCAGCUCAUCCUCCAGAGGAGAAAGUUUCUGCGGAUGAAGCGACAGAAGUACGGCUACAUCUACCGCACGCACCUCUUCGGGAACCCCACGGUGCGUGUGACCGGCGCGGACAACGUCAGGCACAUCCUGAUGGGGGAGCACAGGCUCGUGUCCGUGCAGUGGCCCGCUUCUGUGCGCACCAUCCUCGGCUCGGACACACUGUCCAACGUGCACGGAGCGCAGCACAAGACCAAGAAGAAGGCCAUCAUGCGGGCCUUCUCCAGGGAGGCUCUGGAGCUCUACAUCCCGGUCAUCCAGGAGGAGGUGCGGGCUGCAGUGAAGGAGUGGCUCGCCAAGGACUCCUGCGUGCUGGUUUAUCCGGAGAUGAAGCGGCUGAUGUUCCGCAUAGCCAUGAGGAUCCUCCUGGGCUUCGAUCCGGAGCAGAUCAAGACCGACGAGCAGCAGCUUGUGGAAGCUUUUGAGGAAAUGAUCAAGAAUCUGUUCUCUCUGCCCAUCGAUGUGCCUUUCAGUGGACUGUACAGGGGUCUGAAGGCGAGGAACUUCAUCCACUCCAAGAUAGAGGAGAACAUCAAGAAGAAGGUGCAGGAGUCCGACAAGGAGUCCAAACACAGAGACGCUCUGCAGCAGCUCAUAGACAGCAGCAAGAAGAACGGGGAACCCAUCAGCAUGCAGGCCAUUAAGGAGUCUGCUACAGAGCUGCUGUUUGGGGGCCAUGAAACCACGGCCAGCACAGCCACCUCUCUGGUCAUGUUCCUGGGCCUGAACCCUGAGGUUGUGGAUAGACUGAGACAGGAACUGCUGAGCAAGGAGGAGCAGGGGAUGGACCUCCAGAGUCUGAACAUCGAGUCCUUGGAGCAGUUGAAAUACACAGGUUGUGUCAUUAAAGAGACUCUGAGGAUCAACCCUCCUGUUCCAGGAGGCUUCAGAGUGGCCCUCAAGACCUUUGAACUCAACGGCUACCAAAUUCCCAAAGGCUGGAACGUCAUCUACAGCAUCUGUGACACCCACGACGUGGCAGAGAUCUUUCCCAACAAGGAAGACUUCCAGCCGGAGCGCUUCAUGACCAAACCCUCCGCCGACUCCUCCAGGUUCCAGUACAUCCCGUUCGGAGGGGGCUCCAGGAUGUGUGUGGGGAAGGAGUUUGCUAAGGUCCUGUUGAAGAUCUUCCUGGUGGAAGUGGUCACAAAGUGUCACUGGACUCUUUUAAACGGGCCGCCCACCAUGAAAACAGGACCUACUGUCUAUCCUGUGGACAAUCUGCCAACCAAGUUUACCAGCUAUGUACAAAAUUAAACCGAGAUGAUAAAGGGUUGUGUUUCCUAAAGCAGUGUAGAGUGGAAUGUGAGGUUUCCCAGAAGUCUCAAAUCAUCUGUGUUUUACCUCCCAGCCCACAGAGGAGCUACAGUAUAAUCAAGGUACUUGGAGAGUUUUUGGAAGCACUCAGAUGCUCUUAGGGAACAAAUCAAAAGCCACAUUUACACAUGAACUGAAACCCUGUUUGUCACUCUUGAUCUUUUGGGACAUGUGUCAAUGUGGAUUUUAUGGCAUACAUGAAUUGUACAUAUUGUAGAUGACUUAAGAACGUGUUUUACAUUCUAUUGUUAAUACAUUGGAUUUGUAUAUAUUUUUUUAAGAUAUGAACAAACUAAACGAGAGGCACUGUACACAGACGUGGAACACUUUAAUCAGCUCAGAGGUGUAUCUAUAGGAUUCUGUACAUAUGUAAUGUAGAGGCUGUUUAUAUAACUUUUGUAUCUUAUCCCAACUUAUUUAAGUGAUUUAUGUUAUAAUGUAUGGGCUUUUUAUUUAAUAAAACU